CAUUACCUCUCUUCCUACAAUAAGGAGUGCCGCGGCGGCGGCGGGAGAGAUAGCCAUAAAAAAGGAAAAGAAUGUCGGGAGCGUCGGGGGAGGAGUUCUCGGUGGUGGUGCUGGCGUCGGACCUGGGGGUCGACGCGCGCUCGCUGCUCACCCCCUCGGAGCGCCGGCACGCCUCAGCAGGCGACGACGAGGUCUGGCACGACUGCCCCUCCCAUCUCGGCGACGAGGACUUCUCCGAUCUCGACGCCCUCCAAGCCUUCCGCGUCGAGGGCGCCGACCGCUCCGGCUGCCGCAUCCUCCGCAUCGUCGGCAAGUUCUUUCCAGCUCAAAUUAUCAGCGGGGAACGUCUGAGGAGGUACGUUUUCCACAAGAUUCAGUCGGAGUUGCCCGAGGGUCCGUUCUGCGUUGUGUACAUGCAUAGCACGGUUCAAUCGGGGGAUAACAACCCCGGCAUGUCGGUAUUGCGGUGGAUUUAUCAGGAUCUUCCUCCUGAUUUCAAGGAGAGGCUCAGAGUCGUCUACUUCUUGCACCCCGGGCUCCGGUCGCGGCUCGCCAUUGCUACGUUUGGGAGGUUCUUCUUGAGCGGAGGAUUGUAUUGGAAAAUCAAGUACGUCAGUCGCUUGCAGUAUCUGUGGGAGGACAUAAAGAAAGGAGAAGUCGAAAUCCCCGAGUUUGUGCAACGGCACGAUGAGGUUCUCGAGCAUAGGCCGUUAACUGACUACGGCAUAGAGCCCGAUCCUCUCCAUUUAACUGAGGUGCCAUCUCUGGGAUAUUCACUUGGAAGGUAUGAAGAUAAAUGGUCUUCUCGCGACUAUUACUAAUGAAGUUCUAUCUGCUAAAGGCAAAGGCACUUUGAGUGGAUCUCAUUUGUACAUAAGAUCAGUAUUGAAGGAACUCCCCAUAUCUGUAGAUGUGUGGAUCUAUGUAGUAUCUAUUGUCAUUGCCUGCUUAGUUAAUCUAGACUUGUGUUACAUAUUCGGAACUGUGCAAUAUUUAUGGGGGAACUGAUAAUCACCCUUCAUAUUAGCUAAGCAUGCUUCGUGCUUUUGCUGCACAAUAUCUCUUAUACUCGGUUUUAUCUCUAUAUACUCAGAUCAUAACUCUUCCAGA